UCUCUCAAUGUGCCGUAUUUAUUUCUUUGUUCAGAAGCAGAAACAAAAAUUUUCUCAGUAAACAAAUUGUUGCUUGUGGCUAUGGUUGAUGUACGCUCCUGAAUCCCAAUCUCCUCGUUUGCCAUCUUCAUCUUCAUCUUCAUCUUCAUCCCAUUUCUCGUAUCAAAUCUUACCGACAGAAGGAUCGACAACAAUGAUUGUGAGGAAUUUGGUGCUGUUUAUGCUUUUUGUCACUGUCAUUGCUCCGAUUGUUCUUUACACUCAUCGUCUUGGAUCCUUCGAUUUUUCCUCCUCGAGAGGUGAAUUUCUGGAAGAUUUCUCAAGCUUUACUUUAAGCAGUCAUUCUGAACAUUUGAAUAUACUUCCUCUUGAAUCCUCUAGGACUAUUAAAGAACCGGUUGGAACUGUGUAUUCUAACAAUACAGCUCAUCCAGAGCCUGAUGCGUCUGCUAUUGAGCAGAAUUCAACCGACGGCCAAGGCUCAGCUCAUGAUUUGCAAUUACCGAAAUCGCUGGAGUAUAAAUCUACUCGUGCACUGUCAACUACGAAUGAGAACGUUAGUUCGAUUAGAGAGAAUCACAUCAGGCAGAUCACCGACCAACCGGGGCAGCAGAAUCGUAGCAAGGGCAUACCGGUACAAUCUGACCCUAAGCAUGCGAAGGAAAGAAAACAUGAACGACAAUCCAUCCAGUCCACUGACAAGGUUCGCAAGGCAAGAGAAUCAUAUAAAUCAGAAAAAGAUGAUGAUGAAACUUCUGCACCAAAUGCCAAAGUUCAGUAUCUUAAAGAUCAACUUGUCCAGGCAAAACUGUUUCUUUCCCUUUCAGCCACAAGGAAUAAUGUUCAUUUUAUUAGACAACUACGUCAACGGAUGAAAGACAUCCAACGCAUUUUAGGUCGUGCAAAUAAAGACUCAGAGCUGCCCAGGGAUGCCCAAGAGAAGUUAAGGGCAAUGGACGAAACAUUGGCCAGAGGAAAGCAGAUUCAGGAUGACUGUGCUUUGAUGGUAAAAAAGAUUCGAGCUAUGCUGCAGUCAACAGAGGAGCAGCUACGAGUGCACAAGAAGCAAGCAUUGUUCUUGUCACAUUUAACAGCAAAAACACUUCCUAAGGGCCUUCACUGUCUUCCCUUACGCCUGACAGUUGAAUACUAUAGUUUGAAUUAUUCUCAGCACCCGUUUCCCAAUCAAGAAAAGCUAGAAGACUCCAGUUUGUAUCAUUAUGCAUUGUUCUCAGAUAAUGUAUUGGCAGCAGCAGUUGUUGUGAAUUCAACCAUUGCUCAUGCAAAGGAUCCCUCAAAACAUGUUUUCCACAUUGUUACAGACCGGCUCAAUUAUGCUGCAAUGAGGAUGUGGUUUCUGGUUAAUUUGCCUGGAAAAGCGACUAUUCAGGUCCAGAGUAUUGAAGAAUUCUCGUGGUUAAAUUCAAGUUACAGUCCAGUUCUCAAGCAAUUGGGUUCUCCAUCAGCAAUAAAUUAUUACUUCAAAGCUCAUAGAGCCCAUUCUGAUUCAAAUAUGAAGUUUCGGAACCCAAAGUAUUUAUCAAUCUUGAAUCAUCUCCGGUUUUACUUGCCAGAGAUAUUCCCAAAACUGAAGAAGGUGCUGUUUUUGGAUGAUGACAUAGUUGUGCAGAAAGAUCUUACUGGCCUUUGGUCCCUUGAUCUGAAGGGGAAUGUAAAUGGGGCAGUGGAGACUUGUGGAGAAAGUUUUCACCGUUUUGAUAAGUAUCUUAAUUUCUCAAACGAGCUCAUAUCAAAGAAUUUUGACCCUCGUGCUUGUGGCUGGGCAUAUGGAAUGAAUAUAUUUGAUUUGGAUGAAUGGAAGAGGCAGAACAUAACUGAUGUAUAUCACACAUGGCAGAAACUCAAUCAUGACAGACAAUUGUGGAAGUUGGGAACCUUGCCACCGGGUCUUAUAACAUUCUGGAAGCGCACACAUCCUCUUGACCGAUCCUGGCACGUUCUAGGCCUCGGAUACAACCCUAGUGUCAACCAGAAGGAAAUCGAACGAGCUGCUGUCAUACAUUACAAUGGAAACAUGAAACCUUGGCUGGAGAUAGCCAUACCAAGGUACCGUAACUAUUGGAUGAAGUAUGUCGAUUUUGACCAUGAGUACCUUCGACAAUGCAAUAUUAAUCCAUAAAAAGGCACCUCAAAGCUUUCAGACUCAUAUAGUUCUUCAGAUGGCAUUUUUUUCCCCUUCUUUUGUAAAUGAGUCAUUUUUAGGUCAAUUCUUUAUAUAGAGAUACCUUUUUUUUGUCUCCUUAAAGUUAGAUCCUGUUGAUUGAGUAAUCAAUCAUAUUAUCAGUUAUAUUUUGGUAUUUUUGAAUGAGUUGUAUUGUGGGUAAGUGGGAUCCCAGAUGUAACUCAAAUUUGUAAAUGAUUGAGAGUGUUUUGUUUUUCCUUGAAAUUUACUCAGUGGUGCACAGGGUAAGAAUUCUCAAAGGCAAUGUAAUGUGUACAAUAAAUUUUGCUAACAAGAUAUAUAAUUGUGUUUUAUUU